UUUAUACUACAAACCACAAGUGUUGCACUAGUUUUUUAUAAAAUAUUAUAGUGCUUUGCAUACUGCAAAUUAUAUUUUUAUUUUACUUCUUUCGUUGGUAUAACGACACACCAGCUUUACGACUAGUUGCAAGAAAAUCACUGUAACGCAAAAACACUAUGAAGCUUCUCAGCAUUUUAAUAACGAUUACCUUUGUGAACGUUUCACCGAUUAUGACAGGGGAAUAUGCAAAUUCGGUUAAGAAAACAAACAAACACAUCAGAGAGGCUUCUAUUAAAAAUCCUAAAGGACUGGAAACUGUAAUUUCAAAUAUUAUUAACGGAGAUAAAACGUUCGAGACACUUAAUUUUAUGUUGGCUAUACCAGAUAAAGCAAAUUUUAGAUUCACAAUUCAGCAUGAAGAGUCAUUUAUUACCAACUUACCAGAAAAUAUUGCCAUAGCUGAUCAGAAGGCAGUGCAAGAAGCAAUAUUCCAAGUUACAGGUAUCCCUGUGCCUAACCUUCGCUGCAACGAAAAUUAUGAGAAUGAUCGUCGCACAUUGUCUUGGCUUGGAGAUAGUAGACGAAUGUAUUUGAGUUUUGUUACACAAAAUGUACUUACCGAUGCAAUAGAUAAAGGAACACCAGGAUUCACCAACCUUAAGGAAAUAUGUAUUCUAAUAGGUUUGCUCCGAAGUAUGCGAUUCCCAGAUUCGUAUAUAAAAAUCGCUCGUGUUGAUCAAGAUGAUAAUGUUUGUAUGUUAAUUUCACAAAACGGCAGAUUCCAUUACAAACCUUAUGACGGCUAUAUUGCUGCGGCAAGGCCAAUGGGUCGUCCUGUUUAUAAUGAACAUGAAGACGUUUUGAAUGAGGCAAUGAGAUGGUUCCAUUAAAAUAAACCCUCAAUCGUAGUUAGCUUUUAAAAAACUUAAUCACAUCUACUGUUUUUAUUUUACUUCAAUAAUAUUUAUAUGUCGCACUUGUAUCUAAACUGUCAUUUAA